ACUUCAAAUGGCGUCGUUAUUUCUGAAAAAUCCAUGAGGAAGGAAAUCAAGUGUUCUAUUAAUCGAAGUUCGACGCUCCGGCUGGCUGGGUCAGGUUUAGGUUUAGAGUCGGAGUGGGGGUAUUUCACAGGCACUACGUUGGGCGUAUAUGAGUACGUCCACGAGAGAUGCCGUCGAUUCGUGUUUCGAGUUUUUGCACGACAGCCGUGGGCCAGGCAACAGCGCACUCGCGCUCAAGUCGGAUCACGUUCUUCGAGGCAGAUUUAAAGUCCUGUACUGAUUAUCAAAGAAUCAAAAUACUACUGACGCUAUUUCCUACGACGUCUCUGGUCUAACCUCUCCUACGGCAGGCUAUGCUGAAACAUGACGAAAGGUGGCAUCACUGGGGACGUGUUGGAAGCACGGACGGAGCCGUAUUCAUUGAUAUGACGCCAUUUUACUAACCUUUUCGGCGCGGAUCGCGACGAACCACUUAAGGUGCUCCACUUUGUACCGUUUCAAGAGCGUCUGUUUGUAUCGUUUACAUUUUUACGAAACGCGCACUCUCAUUUGUAAUUCCAAGCAAUUCGUUCGAGCCGGAGUUUACCGGAAGGUAGUACAGCUGUAGCGAAGCAGUGCUAUUAUGGAAGAUGAAGAUGGUGAAAGUAAAGUUGUGGAUAUGUGGAAUAAUUUGGGAGAACAGCAACUUAAUGAUGCAUCUCUUGGAAAUUCAUUGAAACCUAUUGAUAGUACAUACGCUGAUGUGAUAGAAGAGGAGAAGCAAUUACUGCGAUAUAAUUCGAUUGUAACUAAAGAUUCGCCAAGCAAAAACAACAGUGCAGGAUCAAAAAUUGUGUUCAAAGGUUUUAAGAAACGUAUUCUGGCACAAGCUCAAGAAACUCAAACGAAUACAUCGAAAAGUGUAGUGCAAGACCAGCAAGUGCUACAUUGUAAUGCAUUGUCAAAAAAUAACAAGGAAAAAAAGGCAGAAAUUAAACGAGGCAAAAUAACAGAGUAUGCACAAUAUUUGGGUCUCCAACCUUCGUCAAAGAAUAAGUGUUUAAAGUGUAACUCAUCGUCAAAUUUGUGUUCUAUAUUAAAGCAAAAUUUGUGCACCUGUAAUUCCACGAUGACACCGAUGCCCAGCACAUCAGAAUCGUCUACAGUGCAGCACUCUCCCAACUUUAAGAUUACAAGAAAAGUUUAUUUAUGCGCUGCGUGUGGCACGUAUUUUGAAAAUUGGAAUUUGUUCUUACAUAUGAGGGACAUACAUCAGCGUCAUAUAUGUUUAUUUUGUCUCGGGAUGUUUGGCCAAGCAGAAAGACUAUCAUAUCAUUUAACAAAGAAUCAUAGUGUUCCAGAAAUGGCGUUUACAUCUGUUGAAGAAUUUUAUGGUGCUUUCAAAGGAUCAUGUUAUUUAGUUUGUUGCACUUGUGAAAAGGUUUUUUCGGAAACAGAUAAUUUUUAUAAUCACUUUUGUUCGCCGACGUCUAAGCAAGACACCACCGCGUCUAUAUGCACCUUGUGCAGGCAGACGGGUUCACAUGCGAGUACAUGUAGUUUAGCUAUCGACGCAUGUAAAGAAGUAAGUGCGUCUUUACCGCAUACUAUGCAAACAGGCACAAUACCAACGCAUAUACUCGAAAAAGCUGUGAGUCCUGGAAACAAAACUGUUUCUAGGAAACUAAUAAAAAAUAAUAGAUCUAAGCAUAUGGGAGAUGGUGUUUCAAAUCAGUUAAAAGUAAACACGCAUAUGAAAAAGACAAACAAUAAAACUGUAUCUCAAUUAAACGAAAGUCAGCUCUUUGAUGAUACGUUACAUAGGGGUGAAGGUUCUCAAAGCGACGUUCACGAUUCGAUUAAAGAUACAGUUUCGGAAACAAUAAUGGAAGUUUCAAAAUACAUUGGAGAUUCUGGCAAAGAAACAGGAGAGACGAGUGAAAGAGAGAUUUGUCAAAAUGAUUCGGAAGUAAGAUCACCGAGUGACGCGAACAGCCAUAAUAAGCCAUACGAUAGCGUAACAGAAACUAUCAUGGAAGUAUCACGUUGUACAAAUAAUAUGCAAGAUUCUGAUGCUACGAUUAAGAAGGAUGAUACGGGUUCAAAUGAAAUGUUGGAUGCGUCAGAUAAACCAGAGUCAGAUUCUGAUGAAGCAGGCAAUAUGGAAACCUUAAAUUCAACAGAUGAAGCUAAUAUAACAACAAAUGAAUUAAAUUCGGUACAUCAAGAGGCAGAACAAAAUGUAACUAUGGACGAAACAGCGGGGACUAUAUCGGAAACAAAAACUGAUUCUAGUUCUCAUGCAUCUGAAAGUCCUGUUCAUAGUCCUGCUAAUCGAUCGUUAUUUAGUCCUGAGCGCGAAUCACACGUAUUGAACCCAGAAACAAAAGAAGAAAGUUGCGAGAAUGAAUCUAAAGGAAACUUCGAGGAAUCUAACGAAUCUCAGUCUUCAAUGUCAUUCAAUGCCAUUGCUUCUUCUGACAGAAGUUUAGUUAUAAAAAUAUGUACCAAUAGGAACUCUCAAUUUUCUGUUGCAGUUAAUAACGACGAUACAGAGAGUCAUGAUAUUAACAAAGAGUCGGAGGAAAAUAACAAUGCCGAGAGUUCGUUAAUGGAAGAAAAGAAAUCUAACGUUUUCGAAGGGGAGAGAGAAAAUAAUAACAGUGAUCCAGCAAACGAUGUAGACAGCGAUUCUGAUAGCUUCAAAUUAGCAGUUGUGGAUAGUAGUAACGCCGAUGAGACUGAGGAAGUAGAUGAAACUAACGAAGCGAACAUUGCACCAGAAACUCAUGCAGAAUCGAACAUGGAUGUUGAAGAAAAUGGAAACCAGGCAGAAGAAGCGGUAGAGGACACAGCAGCUGACGUAGACGCAAAUGAAAAGCUUGAGGGUAACGAAGAAAUUCAGAAUGUAAAUGAUAGCAAGAUAAACAACGUUGUACAACCUCAAAUACAGCCGAACGAUGGAAUCAUGUUGGCUGGAGAGGAUAUUCCAUGCGUCGAUCUCAACGUUGAUGGUACUUUAGACAGUAUAGAAAUAGAAGAUCUACUAAAGCGUUGCAUAGAAGUUGCCAGUCCUUUCUGUGUCUACUGCAAUCAUGCACGUCAUGUAGCAGUAAACGGUAAACAACUGGGAUUGCACAUGCUCGCGGAACACAAAUUUCAACCUCAGCAUCCUGCCAUAAUUAUUCACCCGGAACAAUUCAUCGCUAGAUUAAAAAAAUCCCUCGAUGAGUUAGAUUCUCAUUUCUUCAAUCUAGAUUCUUACAGUAGCACAAACGGUACCUACAACGUUCCAAAUGUAAGGACAUACGAGUGCUUUCAUUGUAGGUUUCAUUCUGCCAUACACAAGGAACUAUACCUUCAUAAUCGAAAGAUGCACCAAAAGACAAUCUUAAUCUGUAUAAUGUGUAAAUCCACUUUCUAUAGUUAUAGCGAAUUACUUUGUCACUUGUGUCCUGGCACGUACUCUCCGAAUAUCAACGUCAAGUACAGAUGUUGUCUCUGCCCCAUGGCAAGCCUUCCUUCCGCGUUUAGACUGAUGGUGCAUCUACGAAAGAGGCAUCACGCGUGCGACGUUUGUUUGGAGUCCACUGGAAAUCAGCAGCGUCUCUCGAACCAUGUAUGGAAGCACAAGCUCCAUCAUUUGUGUUACAGAUGCGGCAUCGCGUACAGAAACAAACCAGACAUCACGAAACAUUUAUUCUGGAAACACGGAACGGAGAGCGUGCUCUGCAAGAAAUGUCUGCAGAAGAAGUGGCCACAUAUUUAUCAUUUUUGCAUACCACCGACUGCUUUCGUUUGCGAGGAGUGCGGGUCCAGCUUUUCCCGAGCCGUUGCCCUGAAAGUGCACAAGAGGUUACACACCGGAGAUCGACCGUACACUUGCAACGAGUGCUCCGACCGCUUCAUCUCUCGAAAACUGUUAACCAAGCACGAGGACACCCACAAAGAACCGUUACCAGUUAGCGCGAGUUUGGCAGACGCGAUGAGUCAACAACCCGUGAUCGACGAAGAAAAAUCAGAUAAGGAAAAAAUAAUCUUAACCGACAACGUGGCCACCACUUCCGAAUCGAUGAAGGAGCCUAAAGAAGCCGUGAAGAAGGUCGUCGACGUUUAUGACCUGCCGCCCUUGAAUCUGUCCUCCGAAAGCGACACGGACUCUGAAGAAGAGAAGGUCGUCGAGACGAAGGAACCCGAGGUUCCUGAGAAAACUAGUCCACCAGAGGAAACUGCACCGUCUCCCGUGGAUAAUCCAAAAUCCGCUACCCCCGAGCUAGCUGCGGAUAGCAUAGUGGAAGUUGAACAGAACGAAGAAGAGAAGGAGCAAGGCGCGCAAAUCAUGGAUGGCAUCUGGGACAACUUCAAAUCGUACACGGCUAGUUUAGAGAUGAAGGACACGACCAACAGUUUCCCAGCGAAAGAACAAGAGCCAGAGACCGACGUGGCGUUCUUGCGAAGCAUAGUGUUGGCUGACCACGAUUAUUGCGUGGUAUGGUCGGAAAAGGGUAAGGGAGAAUCAGGGUCCAAGGUAGACGACAAGGAAGAAGUGAACGCGAGCGCGGACCAAGAUAAAGCGCAGAAAAGUCCAUCGGGCAGCAACGGAGUACAAAGUGAGAACGAUCCGAAUAAGAAGAAAGCGAAGAGUCCAAAGAAAAAGAAGCAAAGUGGAAGCACUUCAUCGAGCGAUUCGUCCAGCGAUAGCGAUUCAAGCAGUUGUUCCUGUGGGACAAACUGCAGCUGCAGCAGCUCUUCGUCUGGAAGUUCUUCAAGUUCUAGUAGCAGCUCGGAUUCGGACAGCUCUACCUCGGAAGGCUCUCCAAAGAAACAAUCCAACCGCAAGGAUAGGAAGAAGGAUAAGGAAGCUGCGCAAGAACCGGAAGUGUCCGUCGAAGUCGAUAACAAGGUGUCCACGGAGAUGGAGAACGGGAAUGCAGCAGGCUCAACGGACCCAAUGUCUCAGCCACAGCUCGUGCUGAGGGAGUCUGAUCUAGAAACCGAGGAGACGGAAACAGAUGAGGACUUCUACGACGAACAUCCUCAGCAGCUUGCGAACAAACUCCUCGCUGAGAAACGAAAUCAGUUAUUGCUCCUGGCAGCGGUUGCACCAGCGUCCACAGAGUCGACGAUGCCUCUGAACAACGGCUUGACGGACACAGACACCGCGAUUCCCUCUCCAGACCCCAUGCCUAGCACUGCAGAAGACCAGCCGCAGCAGAAGAGGAAAGUGAAGACGAAGAAACGGAAAAAAGGCGAGAGGGCGAAGCAGCGUAACGCGGCGCCAGCCGUGGAAUCCAUUAAACUAAACAUUCCUAAAGCGUUUUACCAAAAGAAUCCCGGUUUCUCGGCUUCGUCGCCGGCGUUGAUGCAGCCGAGCAUGACAUCCGCACCGAGCGUUUCCGCGAGCGACAUGCACACCGCGAACGCGGCGGUGGAGCAUCACGCGAUGGGAAUAACGAACCAGAAUGUUAGCGGCAGUGGCUCUGAGACCGAGAACAAGCGUUCGUCGAAACGAAAGCGUGUACCUAAACGAUUCUAUGGCGAUUCCAGUGACGAGGAGGCAGACAAGCAGCCUUCGAUUAAGUGGAGGAAGGUGGAACCACCUUCGUUCGCGACGGUACCAAGUCUGAAGCCUUUGCCACCGAGAUUGUCCUUUGGUGGGAAGACCAUGGCGUACAGACCGAUGGAGACCCAAGCGGAAAGCUUGAGAAUCGCUACGGCCUCCGCGACGGAGUCAGAGGAACCAGUAGAAAGCAGCAGCGAUUCCAGCGACUCCGAGGUGGAAGCCAGCCAACAAAUGCAAACGCAUUUGCCUGAAAGCAACGCGCCUAUCCCGGAACGCGCGGUCAACCUCUAUUGUUAUUGUCAGUGUCCGUACGACGAGGUCUCGGAAAUGAUAGCCUGCGAUGGUGAGGACUGCCGCAUCGAGUGGUUUCAUUUCGAGUGUGUCGGUAUCAUGGUGCCACCAAAGGGCAAGUGGUACUGCCCGGAUUGUAGAAAGAAGCACGGUAUCGUGCAGAAUAGCGAGGACUACUUUGACUGAUAGCAGCGAAUGGUGUCUGCGUGUUGAAAUUGCUUUCUAGGCGUACUGGACGGUGACCGUUCAAUUUUCUCCAAGCCUUCUUCUUUUGUAGCGUUUUGAACGGUUUGUGUGAUGCGUUCAGGUUGCUUCGAGUGAUGUUCGAAUGAUCCUUAAUGUUUUGAACUAUUUAAUGAAUUUGAGGAUUUCGAAGGUUUCCGAAACUCUGUAUCGUCGACAUUCCUUGAGAGCCUCGAAUUAAAUAGAAUUGUACAAUACAGUAUCGUUAAAAAAAAAACAAAAAAAAACAACUUGAGGUGGUUAAUAUGAAAUUAUUGUAAAACAAUAAAUUAAGAAAGGUGUAAGAAUCGCACGAAGUUUUAUAUGAAAAUUAGAUGUAUUCUUUUACGUGCAAUGAUAACAUUGCAUUUCUGAUAGUAUUAUGUAAGAUAGUUCUCGUUUUAUUACAUGUAGUUCUAAAUGAGCUUGUUAGAAAAAGUCCUAGGUAGACAAAAGCUGAAAAUGUUCAUAGUUAAUUUUGGCAUAUGGAAAUAUUUAUUUUAGAACGCUCAAAAUAACGACUAGUGUUAUUAAUGCAGUUAUGAAAAUCUAUCACGAGACAAAGAAUUUGAAUAUUUUGCAAAAGUGACCGUUCAUAUCACUAUUCCAUGUAGAUUUAAAUUUAAUGAAUUCUUGAGAUAGUUAAUCAUAACUUGAGCAUACAGAUUAUUUAUAAUUACUCUAUUCUCUCGAGGGUCGAACAUUAUACUAAUAUGGCAAAACAUUCAAGUUUUUUUUUAUAUUAAUUAGUAUUUGUUAGAUCUUUCAAGAUUUUCCAGAUUCUUAAACCUUUAAUGUGAUUAUACUCCUCACUAGUCGUCCGCUUAGCUAAUGGUGAAACUAGAUACUUUUUCUAUACUAGAAACUACUUUAAAUGUAUAAUUGAAAGUGUCGAAUCCUUUUAAAUAUUAUUCAAAGUUGUAUGUUUUUAAAAAGACUCCGAAUGUCUCCAGCGACAUAACUAUUAUACAUAAACUUUCAAAUGUUUUGAGUAGCGGUAGAAGUUCCAUUUUAAUAUUAAUUAAUGUUAACAAUUUAUAAUUGUAUUAUGACCUUUUAUUUACACAAUUUCAACCAAGUCUCGAUAGUUCGAUUGGCUCUCAAGGAAUUCGAAUUCUUCAAGAUACAAGCGGCCAAUUGGAGCCAAUUCAAAGUCCCCAAAAUUGAUUUAUUGUUCAAAAAUGUUCGGAUAUUCUUCACGUUGCGAAUAACGUUCGAUUUAGUUGUAUUUGAACGUAAAUUGCCGGGAAAUUGACUAGAGCGAAGAGAAAAUUGUACAGUCGACGUUGCUCUAAGCGACUUUUUUCCUCUUUCUUCUUCGUAAACAAACGAAUCGUAAACUGUUCCACGUUGAUAUUUUUCUUAAGCUGAUACAAUAACGAAAAAAAUGUAUAUAACUGUACAUACGCCUUAGAGUUUAUAACAAUGAAACUUUUGUGUACAUUUGUUUGUACUUCUUUUAAACGACGAAAAUGCGCCGUGUAUAAAUUGAUUAGUCUAGCCAAUUAGGCGGUGUAGCGUUCUAUAGAGCGAAACCUAGGCUACGUCGUGUAGAACGACAAAUUUUUCGAGUCUAGCACGAGAGGGGAGGGCUGUGUUUUUAUCAAUUCGAAAUCGCGAUAUCGCGGCUGAUACGACUGUCGGCACUGCUGGCGGUGUCUGUGCCCUGUUCGAUCAUCGCAUUCCUUGAAGAACCAAUAAUUUUAAUUUUUAAAGUACGCGUAACCCACUUUGUACGCUUUGAACGAUCUUUUUUUCCAUUCAGACCGUGAUUUUCUUCUUUUUACUUCUUAAAGUUGCAAAAUUUUUAUAAUUACACGCAUUGAGAUUUUCGUCUCCUCUUCAUCCAUUAUUUUCUAUUUACUAUUAUGUUGUAUUCCGCGAAACUUCCUUUGCAACGUUUCAAUCUAUUUCUCCGUGCUUUUUUGUUAAAAUAAUCGACGAGUUAACGAGCGGAUUUUUUAUCACUAUCUAGUCUAGUUAUUAUUUGUUCUUCGUAAACAGCUCUUCUGCGGACAAAAAGAUUUCUGAAUGAGUACACAGCUGUAUGAAUUUAUUGGAACCGAUUGCUAGGCCUAUACGGAACGUUCUGAUUCCUCUAAACCACUUUCGGUGUAGCGUUGUACGUUGAAAUUCGAAUUAACGUUAGUGUGAUAUUCUGCGGGCGAAAAUUUGAUGUACCGGACACGAUACCCGAUCGAAGAAUAAUUUGAUGUGCGAUAAAAACGAUUGUUCGAACGCGAAUUUCGCUACUUUUUAUUUCUAAUUUGUAAUUGACUUUUAUAAUUU